UCUUAUUUCAAUCACCCAUGUGGGUAUAACCAAUGAGGAUAUGGCACGCUGCAUCAGAAAUAGAAAGGAGUUCUAUUUUACGCAGACGCUCGUUGACGCGCUGAGCAGUGUGGGUACAAUAAUUGAAUAACAUAGAUUUCUACAUUUAUUUUGCAAUGCUCGCGCACGCGACGCAAGUGGUGUGGUCAACCUAUUAGAGAGUUUUGGAAUUCACGCAUGAAAGGGUUCGGGCACAUUGAGGACGUGGAAUGAUGAAUUAUAUCAUAUUGGCGACCGUUUUUUCCAUGGUUUUUGCCGAAAAGUCACCUCGGCUGAAAUUCAUUGUGAAAGAGCCGGCCAGGUACCACUUCUCGAAACCGGAGAACUACAUGUCAGUGUACCACCAGGAGGGCACAAAUGUGCUGUACGUGGGGGGCCAGACAGUGAUCUACGUGCUGACUUUCACUGACAGGGGGGUCCGCGACCUGCAGAUCCCUGUGGUAACCGAUGAAAACGCAAAGGCAGCUUGCAUCGCCAAGUCAGACCCACCAAAGUUGGAGUGUGACAAUUUCAUAACAGUCAUUCAGAAAGUCAAUGACACUUUUGUGGUAUGCGGGACAAAUGCAGGAACCCCCAAAUGCUGGCUGCUGGUAAAUGACACUGUGCUGACUGACGCCCCCACCAAUGGACAGAUGGCACCAGCCUCUGACAUCUCCCCUCCCUACCCCUCCCAGAGGUCCGUCAGUCUGUCCGCAGAUGGGAAUCUAUACUCUGCUCUGUCAGCAGUGGGGCGUCACCCUGGCUCUAUCCGCCGGACCUACGGCACUCAGAAGCUCCUGAAGACUGAGACCAAGUGGCUGCAGAGCCCCCAGUUUGGUGGAGCAGCAGUGAUGCCAGCCUCUCAGAAACACAAGGAGGAGAUCUACUUCUUCUUCAGUGAGAUCAACAAGACGGCCAUGGUGGACGAGGAGCCCUACAGGUCGCGCAUCGGCCGAAUCUGCAUGGUGGACGAGGGGGGCAUAAAGAACCUGCUGGCGGACUCGUGGACUACCUUCCUGAAGGCCAGGGUGAUGUGUGGUGCGGGUAGCACCCCCCAGCAGUACAACAACAUCAGACAGGCCUUUGUGCUGUCUGACGUGGCCCACGAGAAGAGGACUGGGGUCAUGUACGGCCUGUUUGCCAACGCCUGGGACACAACAGUGAUAUGUGCUUACUCCAUCGAGGACAUUGACCAGGCCUUCGCCACAUCCAAACUGAAGGGCUACAGCAGUCCUCUGAUUGGACAUCGCCCUGGCACAUGUGCCUUCAAGAACUCCACGGCAGCCCACAACCCUAAGACCCUAGUGGUGAUCAGGGACCACCCGGAGAUUGAGGACGUGAUUCGUCCGGUCGGGGGUGCUCCGCUGAACCUGCCCACCGACGAUCACUUCACACACACUGUCGCUGCCAUUGUACUAGCAGUAAACGACGAGCACUAUAGUGUGCUGUACCUGGGAACAGAACAGGGGAAAGUGCUCAAGGUUCUGCACACUAUCGAGGAGGCCUUUAUCAUAUCCCAGUACUCCCUUUUCCACAAUGAGGGUCCUGUUCUAAGCAUGGCCAUCGACUCUAAGAAGGGCCACCUUUAUGUGGGCACGGCAAUGGAGGUCCAGCGCAUACCAUUGGCUGACUGCGGUCGCUAUGGAGACAGUUGCCGGGAGUGCAUUCUGUCUCGGGAUCCCUAUUGUGGUUGGGACGCAGCCAGGAGGAGGUGCACACCCAUCCCAGCUGGAUACAACAUCAGCACUGGGGCACUCACUCAGAGUCUGGACCAUUCCAAUGCCUCUAUCUGUGGUGAAGCUGCUGCACCGAAGACCCAUAGGACAAACCCCAAACAGGUGGUGAUUGACUCGGACGGCCCCGUUAACCUCCCCUGCCCCGUGCGCUCCUUUCACGCCACCUACCGCUGGGAGAAGGACAACUGUAUCCAGCACUACCCCUGCUUCAUCAUUGGAGACUCCUGUGUGCUGGAACCCACCCCUGGCCUGCCCCUUAAGCAGGGGGUGUUCCGCUGCAUGGCCACGGAGAACGGCUACAAGGUGGAGGUGGUCUCCUACAGGCUGGUGAUCAACAGUGGGCCUCUGCCUGCCUCCUUGGCCUCCACCCUGGGGCCCUGCCUCCUGCUUGCUGCAGCCACCCUCUGGCUCCUGUAACCAUUGCAAAUGCUAAAGCUAACCCCUUAGCCUCUAAGGCCCUCUCUCUGUCAGACAAGAGAGGAGGGGCCACCAUACCCAGAUUAGGUUCGCAGAGCAUUGCUAUUAAUGGUCGGGUAAUGCGAUCAGUGUUGCCCACAGAGACUGUUUUCAGAAAAAGUGUUUUUUUAUUUAAUUUACAUUGUUCAGGAAAUGCCUGAAAAUAAACAAAGCCACUUAUUUUUUAAUUAUAUAUGGGCUUACCAUACUAACCAAUACUGUACUGUUUAAACAAACAAAAAAUACCUAAAACAAACUGAAAAUACACAACAUUUAAACUUAAUUAAUACAUUAACAUCAAUAUGGGUUUUAUGGAAAGACAAACUAUAAUAUCAUGUCUUAGUCUGAAUUUUAAAUACAGAUUCAAACCACAAGAUGUGCUUUGCGAACCUUGCCUGUUCCACCCAAGAGAUGACAUCUCAUGAGUUGCGUUAAAUACAAUAUCAGGCCAAUUUCUCAACUUAUUUUUAAACUUGAUUGUCCUACUUUGUGAAUAUUUGAAGCUUGAAUACUGCUCUAACAUCCAAACAUCCUGUUGAAUGUCAUAAGUAUAGGAUAGUAUUUAGAAAAUGUCUGGUAUUGUGUAGAAAAAAGCCUUAACAAUUCUGGGACAUACCUCCUAAGCACAAUUUGCAGUGGAAGCAAAACUGAUCAAUUAUGUUGACUUGAAACUGUGAAUGAGGUGGCCAAGCCUUACUUUGAUGCUGGGAGGAAGUGUCAUCAUUUUGACAAGAAGUCAUAUUUUUGACAGGAAGUAGGUAGAAGAACAUGAGCUCAUCCUCGAACAUCACUGUGUCUCGGCAAGUCCUCUGCAGUAAAGGCAGUUUUUGCAUAAUUUUAUUGGAUAGUAUCAGACAUUAAACAUCAUUCAGUGGCAGGUGAGGCCAAAUUAGAAUUGAGUAGAUGACAUGUAGAGUUAGUGGCAUUUUGUAGUUUGCUAUAUGAGAAAAAGCUUGUGAUUAUAUGAGUACUGUGUGUUAAGUAUUUUAUUGCUCCGCAAAUGCUGAUUUCCACCAUUGCUGCCUAUGUAUAUGAAAGUUAUUCUUGAUGGUUCAAGGUUUUAUACUGUGCGGAAGUCCCGAGAGGACAAUAAAAAAAUCCUUGUCAUGGCGAGAUAACUUACUUAUCUCGUGAACACGACAUAACAAAAGUUGUUUUGUCGACAUCACGAGAUGAACUCUAUAAAUAGGAGUAGACGCAUUGAUGAUAGACUGACAUUAUGGCAGAGGCGGUAGAGUCCAUGGUGGAUCAGCACAUAUAUUUUUAUUGAUUGCAACACUAAGGGAUGGUACAUUUCAUGUUAACAUGUUGCUCAUUGACAGUUUAUAAAUUAGAAUGUUAGCAAGCUAAAUGUCCCUUACCUUGAGCUAAGAGUGGCAGGUAGCCUAGUGGUUAGAGCAUUGGGCCAGUAACUGAAAGGUUGCUACAUCAAAUCCCUGAGCUGACAAAGUAAAAAUAUGUCGUUCUGCCCUGGAACAAGACAGUGAACCCACUGUUCCUAGGCUGUCAUUAUAAUAAGAAUGUGUUUUUAACUGACUUGCCUAGUUAAAUAAAGGUUCAAAAUAAAAGAGCGCUUGGGGCAUCUUAGCCUUCAUGGGGCAUUUGAGCCCUGAAUGAUACCUGAAAGGCUGGCUUGUUUCCCAGGUGGUAUGCCAAUUGCAUGCAAGCAACAAUGCAGCUAGUCUUGUGAGUGUGUUAGCUAGGUAGUCUUAUUAGCUAGCUAGCUUGUUAUAUAUGCUGGUUGUUAGCUUGCAUAACUAAUGUGUAUAAUUGUAAGGGGCACUUCAUGUUUUAUGGAUAAUAUUACAAUUUACAGCGUGUGCGAGCUCAAUUCCUGACUGAUAAGAUUAUAUUUCUUCCUCAGAGCUUGAUCAGAUUCAAUAGCAGUCUCAGAUUCCACCUUGUAGGGUGUUUCAUAGGUACCGCUUCUUGCAGGCAGAUUAGCAGUCAGUGCAUUAUGUAUAUGAUCAAGAUUGAGUGCGCUCGUUUCCUGGCAGGCUGAUUUGAUUCAGUAGCAGCCUCAGAGGCUGAUAAGUCAGGAUGCUGCCUAGUAGGGUGUCUGCAAGGAGCCUUACAUAUGAAACAGCCUACAAGGCAGCACCCUGAUUUAUCAGCCUCGGAGGCUUCUAUUGAAUCUGAUCAACUUGCCAGAAAUAGAGCUCACCCACUUUGGAUUGUAUGCAUCAGUCUUUACAGCGCUGACGGCUAAUCUGCCUGCAAGGAGCCUUACCUAUGAAACAGCCUACAAGGCAGCAUCCUGAUUUAUCAGCUUCUGAGGCUGAAAUGUAAUCUGAUCAGCCUGUCAGGAAUGCAGCUCACCCACUGUAAAUGUGUCAGGCAUCGUUCAGGGCUUAAAUGCCUCACUUUGCGAUCAACACAGCCACAGGGCUCCUUGAUGAAGUGGUUAUCGUGCAUCUGAAGAAAUGAAUGGAUGAUGCGUUGUACUUUUGAUUAUCUCGUGAUCUCGACAAAACAACGUUUGUUAUGAAAUUAAUAUGUCUUGAUCUCGACAUAACGAGGGAACUUUAAAAAAAAAAUCAUAUGUCCUCUCUGGGUUUCCGUAAUACUGUGGUUAUACAAUGAUGUAACUCGUUGACUGCUUUAACUAACCUAUUCUCAAUGGGAAAAUCCAAUGCAUAAUUCUCAAAGGGGUUAUUUUCAUACUUGUAUCUGUAUGCUGUGACAAGCGCUUUACAUAAUUUGAUAGGCUCCUUUUGUGAAGUAGAACACUUUGAGCAGCCACCAUACUCUGGGGAGAAAGACUGAAAUUAAUGAUUUACAUAUUUGGAAGAUAUGGAACAAAAUUCCUCUUUAAGCAAUAGAUGUUUUUUUUAAUUUAGCACCUGACCUCAAAUAAUAGUAGUAUGUUGGAGGCAGAGAAUGUUUGCUGGGAGGGAGUGGUUUACUCAGAGCAAAUGUUGAAUAUAACAUAGUAAUAUGAAUGUAGUUGCAACAAAAUGCAAGUCUAUUGUUCCCAUUUAUUGAUUGUAGUAUCUCAGUACUGAAGCACCAUCUUAUACAACCACUACUGUGUUUUGAACUGUGCCACUGAGCUUUGUGGCAAAUUUUGAAAUGGAAAAAAACACUGUCGCCUAAAGAUAUUGGUAGAAAACAGACUACAUAAUGCUGUUCUUAGAACAGUUUUAGCCAUAGUUCUGCAGGUUCCAUCUUUCUCUCUGGGGGUGGCUGUACGUUUGUUGUCUCGAGGUCUCAGGAGGAUCUGCCUGCUGCAUUGCACUGAUGCAGGAUAUUGACUGUGCCAAACAUAAACUGUGUUGUGCCGCCUCAUCCGCAGCCUGCUGCUUCUCACUUAGCACUUUGAGUAAUUAGUUUCCCAAAUCUCUUUCUCAAACUCACACAUAUUAUUAUAUAUGUCACAAAUACACACAGGCAUAUCAGUGCGCGCACACACACACCUCUUGUUUACCAAUCACUCACUUCAAUCUCAUUAUUUUUACUGAAGCUGGUGUGUCUCUGAAAACAGUGAACAGAAGCCUCUCAUACGCUAGCCAACACUAAUUAGGCAACUGAACCUGUAUCGCUCACUGCAGAGAAAUACAAGCUCUUUUACCAAGGCAGAUGGCCUAGAGUCACUGGGUAUUGUUAAAAACGGUCAAUGAAUCAUGUCUGUGCAGAGUUGAUUGUAUUUGGCCUUUCAUGGAUUUCAAAAUUGAUAUGGGAGUUUCGUUUCUCUGGAGCACUUUAUUUAAUGACCACCUUCGUAGCCAGGAGUCCCUGCUAUGAUGUGGACAUAAACAGUGGCUAUAUCGCAUGCGGGCGAUUAUCAUUAUCCUAGAAAGAUUUAAACCGGUUUGUUUUUGUUCAGUUUACCCGUCUGAUAAAUAAUGCCAGCGGAGAAAUAGAGUGAAGUGAAUCUAUUGUCUUUUAAUCCUUUCUCUGGCGCUUUGGACAGUGUUGAUUCUGUGUCUUAGUACGUUUUAUUACCAUAACCAUUCUUUGUUUUAAGGACAGAUGUCUGUCUAUAUGAAGUGUUAAUACAUGUCCAUGUAACACAUCUGUAACUCCAGAUGUUUCCCUUUACUGAACAUGUACAGUGAAAAUCAAUAAAGUAAUCAACUACAGUGUU